AUGAAGUUUGAACCUACCGAUUAUCUACAGAAUCUCAAUUUGGAUUUUGAUUCGAAUCCUAUAAGUAAUGACUUUAAUAGCUUUAAUAACAAUGGGGAGGAUGGUUAUGUGUAUGACAAGGACGAAGAUGAUGAAUCCAUGUCGGCCAUGAAUCAGCAACAAUUGCAACAGGACCUAGAUUUAUUCAGUCAAGCGGCUAACGAUUUCUUUUUAUUAGAUGUUUUAGGAAACGAUGUUGUUGUUCCUGUUAAACCACAGCAGCAACCAAACGCUAGUGGCUAUAGUCAGUUUCAGCAACGGCAACCAAAUGCUAGUGGCUAUAAUCAGUUUCAGCAGCAGCUGUUGCAAGCUUCUAUCAAGUCGCAGUCGUAUUAUCGUCGUUAUCAUCAGCAACAACAACAAUCACCAUCACCAUCGCAUCAGAGCAGUACACUGAUAGCAUUGUCGACUGUAUACUCUCCCGUGUCAACACCUUCUUCUUCCACUUCAAGUGAAGCAGCAGCUUCUGCCACGCAAGCAUCGAUUCAAGAGAAGAAGAAGAGAAAUACAGCUGCUAGUGCGAGAUUCAGAAUCAAGAAGAAAUUAAAAGAACAAGAGCUUCAAAGAAAGAGCAAAGAUUUGGAAGAAAAAGUAGAAAGACUACAACAAAAGCUAAAGAAGUUUGAAGUUGAAAACAAGUGUUUGAAGACGAUAAUUUUUAAGCAAAAUGAAGAUAAAAAUUCCGAACUAGUUGAAUCAAUAAAGAAGAGAAUUACUGAGGAAUAUGAUUUUAAAACAGCUUAG